AUGCUUGCCACAUCCGAGACUGAGCGCCAGCAACGCGAAGCAGCGAAUUCGCAGACGCCGCUUGGCAAGCUGCCUGGUGAGCUUCGUAACAGGAUCUGGUAUCUGGUCCUUCCAACUGGUGGGGUCGUCAAUACCCGCAGCGAUGACCGCUUCACAUCCUCCGAAUCUGUCGAUUGCGAGAUCGAGAUGGAGUAUCACGAUUGCAGUAAUCCAAACAUCACCGAGGUCUGCCGGUCGAUAAGGGAAGAGACUCUCGGCAUCUACUAUGGCUCCAACACAUUCGUGCUCCACCUCGACAGAGCUCAAGAUUGCCGGACUUGCACGGUGGACGACGAUGAGUCGUGUACUCUGAUCGUCGCAGAGGCAAAGUACUGGAUACGCAGCCGCUCGAAUCCUGCCAUCGAAGCUCUGCGCACCCUGUAUCUCAUGUUGCCACCUUGGGAGCCCGAUCCGGACGAGAAUGGCCACCCGCGAGAACAUGACGGCUACUGCAGAACUCUUGUACGCGUCGAUUGGGUAUCGCAGAAGUCCAAGCUUUGGCCCAUCUGCAAUGCUUGUACAGUCUGCCGGGUAGACUUGGAUCUCAAGCUGCUAGGCGUGCCCGGGACAGUUGAAGUAUGUACCGGUAUAGCGGCUUCUUUCCCCGGCACCAAAGCAGCAAAACUGGUCAAGCUAGUGACCGAAGUAAAGGAGGCGUUGCGAGAUGACCUCCAGUGA